AUGAAUACGAGUACUUUUCGUUCUGAGCGAGGGAACAACGCGCGCGUCUGGAUGAAACGGUCACGUAAAAUGCGUUACGUCGUAUUUCAAGGACACAGCGUGUCACAUUCGCUCUACUCUCUUGCUCACUCAUGUCGCGCUCGCUUGUAUGGACCAACACCAUGCCGAACUUCACGAAAUGCUUGCGUGACCGCGUUUUCGCCAUUCUUCGCACCGGGCUAUACCGUGCUCGCACACCUGAGACCCGUCAAACUCCUCAAAGUUGUGUUUCCGGCGCCCGUGCUCGCAAACUCACUUCCCGCCCUUGGAGUAAUGCCCGGUGCCGCCGGGGUCGCUGUAGUACGUGGAACCGUUGUCGUUUCGAUAGUAGAACGACCCGUCCGUGUUCGAGUAUUUGUAUGACUGCCCGGUGUUCGAGUUCGUCCCGCCGGGGGUGCUGUACGAGUUGCCCUGAGCAUUUGUCGGCAUGAUGACGAUACGGAUGGAUGUAACGGGUAGAACAAGAGGUGGAGGAAUCAAAGUCGGUAAUUAAAGGGUUGAACCGU